AUGUUGAAACUAGGAAGAAGGACCACUCAUCUAAUCAAGCCAAAACGAGCGGUAGUACCACUCGGUCACAAUUUCAUGCGGGCAUCUUCAUUUUCAUGUUUGAAACUCGUCAACAGUCGUGGUUCUAUUUGUCUUCAACACCUUCCACCUUCAGGCUUGGCUUCUCUCCAGCAAGUAAGAAUGUACCGGUUGAACCAGGAUCCUGAGCCCGCAAAUUCUAGCCUUUCGACACUUCCCAGCCCACGCGAAAUUCACCGUGAAUUGGAUAACUAUGUCAUUGCCCAAUCGGAUGCAAAGAAGGUCUUGUCGGUGGCCGUUUUCAACCAUUACAUCAGGAUCAAAUCUCUACAGGAGGCCGAAGAGAAGAAGAACCGACAGGCCAAGUUGGAAGCUGAGGCGAAACUAGCAGCAAGUGAAGCAAAUCAGACCAGACCAAACUUCACCCACAACGACACCGAUCAACAUCUCUUUUCCGAACCAUCUCAGAAUGUUAAUCGUGCCCCGGCAGCUGCGCUUAGACCUCAUCCGCCUCAGGGGCUCGCCCACAAUCUAAUCAUGUCGAAGGCGGUGGAAGCUAGCUUGAGAUUGGAGCGCGAAGAAUUGGAGAAUAGGAUAAGUCAGAUGAGUUCUCGUCAGUUGAAAAAGAAGCAUCCACCUGCGAGCCAGAAAGACCAGGGCACCCCCGAUGACCCUCACCUCCUGCCUUUCACCCCUUCUUACUCGAGAACACCAUUCCAAAAGAAUGGUACUGCAGCCACCAGUCCACCAUCAAGGGAGUGGGAAAACUCGCCGAUUCUUAUUACACACAAUAACCAAGUUAUCUUGCAGCAGCUACAAGAUCUCAACAAGCCCAAGAUGGGACAACUUGCCCAUGAAAAGAAAUCCAGUCGGCAAUCAGAUCCAACCGAUUAUGCAACCCAAUCUGACGUCCGCAAGAAUCAACUCAACCGAGGGAGUUCGGGCCAGAUUAUUCCUGACGAAUCGAUACUUUUUGAGCAUGGUUCCGAAGCUGCCAAAUCACAAGAAGUUUUGGAUGCAGUCUUGAACAAAUCGAACAUCCUGCUAUUAGGCCCGACUGGAAGCGGGAAAUCGCUUCUAGCGAGGACAUUGGCCCGCCAGUUGAAUGUUCCAUAUAGCGAAUCAUGCGCCACGACGUUCACUCAAGCCGGAUACGUGGGUGAAGAUGUCGAGUCUGCCGUCGUUCGACUCUACCAAGAAGCUAAUAAUGAUGUAGGCAAAGCUUCUAGGGGAAUCAUCUUCAUUGACGAGGUCGACAAGAUUGCACGAAAGUCAGGAGAUGGAUAUGUGAAAGACGUCUCUGGAGAGGGCGUCCAACAGGCAAUGCUCAGAAUGCUCGAGGGAACUAUGGUGACAGUUGCUGAUAAAGGUAGCUCGAGUGAUACUAGCAGCGUCAGUGGACGUCAUCAAGACACUGCCCCAAGCGGUGGAAAGAAUGCCCAACCGAUUCAAGUCGACACUUCCAAUAUCCUUUUUAUUCUAGCUGGAGCGUUUGUAGGUUUGGAAAAGAUCAUCAACAAGCGAGUUUCAAAGACUUCGAUCGGAUUCAGUGCCUCUCUGAACCACGACGACAACGCCUCCGAAUUAUCUCCACCAGGAAAGCCUGAGGAGGGCCGGACGAGCGGCACACCUCAGGACCCUCUCGAAUUAGUCGAACCGGCCGACCUCAACACAUUCGGACUGAUCCCCGAGUUUAUCGGAAGAAUUCCGGUGCUUGCAAGUCUGAAAGCUUUGACCGAAGACGAUCUGUUACGCGUGCUCACCGAACCUAAGAACUGUCUCUUAAAACAAUACGAACAGUUGUUUAAGAUGAAUGGCGUCGCGAUCAAGUUUACCAAUCCUGCCCAACGGGCCAUUGCUCGCUUGGCGAACGAGAAAAAAACUGGUGCACGUGGACUAAGACAGAUCAUGGAAACGAUUCUGCUGGAUUCCAUGUACACUGCUCCCCAAUCUUCGAUCCGGUAUAUUCUGAUAGACAAAUCAGCCGUCUUGGGCCAGACACCUGCGAAAUUUUAUUCAAGGGGCCAAGAGGGAAUGAUGGAACAAGAUGUCGAGUUUGAAGAGUGCUCUAAAGGAUUAUCUUCUGCUCUGGAAUCCGCUCUGCCCAAAGAUGACCCUCAGGAUUCUCCUUCAUCUCCUACCAAGCGGAGAAAAGCAACCGGAUGA